AUCUUCUGCGGAUACGUAUCAAAGAAGCCAAUCCUACAAUUCACCAUGUUCCCCCUUGGUGCCAGUUUGUUGACCCACUAAGAAAUUAUCAUGAUUGUAUCAGUUUACGUGACAGAGAAUGGUGAUUGUAAGUUGAAAGAGUGCCUCCCACGACCACUGACUCAAAACGACCGACGGUUGUCAUCACCAAACGCAGCUUCCACCCGUCGCUCACCGGCAUUGCGGGGAGCCGCUUCGCCCUACCGCUCAAGUUUCACUGCGGCCUCGAGACUAUGAAGGUGAGGGAGGUUUUGGCGAAAAGGUGACAAGAUCACAGAGCGCCCGGCCAGGACAUUCUAAAUGCAGUAUAAAUUGGUCUUCCCAAUCAGGGAAGAAAGUCAUCAGUCUACCUUGCAAUUGAAGUCGACAAAAAUUACCUCAGCAGUCGCUCUCGAGCUCCGUAGACCUGCGCGGAAGUGUACUUUGAAAGCAGUGGAAUAGUAAAAGGAGGGACAGGUACUCUACACACUCACACUGUCUUGCACUGAUCUGCAGCCUGGCAGGAUGGUGUUGGACAACCGUCAUGUUCUCAUUGGUCUGCUACUUGCACUACUGGCAACAGAAGGGAGCAGUCAACUUGGUAGCAGUGAUAAAGAUAAUUAUGUAGCUGGUGCUAUACUGCCACUUGGAUAUGGUAGCGGAGGUCCUUUUCAACCUGAUAAAGAUAUUGUCCCAGGUAUUGAUGCAACGCACCCACCAGAACCGGUUGUUACCUCAUCCUCAACAACGAACCCACCUGACGCCGCUAUUACAUCGUCCUCAACAACGGACCCACCUGAACCAGUUGAUUCCGUCAAGUGCAACGAGACAUUCAACUUUGAAAAUGGUGUCUAUACAAUAUCCACUGUCAGAUGGUCAAUCUUUCCUCCUUAUACUAAGGCCACAUUCCGGUGCAAUUUACGGUUUAAACGUAUUGGACCGUAUAUACUGGAGUGCAAUGAGAAUGCAUCUCCCUCACCUCAGUGGUCUGGAGCAGUGCCUACUUGCCAACAAAUCCAGUGUCCAUACCCACCAGCCAUUGAGAAGGGUUCUGCAGCAUGGGUAGAUGGAUUCGACCCUGGAGACUCGGCAACAUACCGUUGUUAUAGAGGCUUUCGGCCAGAUGGACCAGCUACUAUUACCUGCCGUAACGGGACGUUUGAUUGGUUUCCUUCGCCACCCGUCUGCAAGCCCAUCACCUGUCCCAUACCACCUUCAAUUCGUAACGGUGCGGUAACUUGGACACCGGGGCUGAGAGUUGGAUCUACGGUGGCAUGGACGUGUGAUAAGCCUUAUAUCUUGGUUGGAAGCACAAGUGCAUUUUGCACGGCUGGCGGUAGCUGGACCACACAUCGACCACCCACAUGUGAACCUAAGUGCUCCGACACGGUGCCUAGAGAUUUCUAUGAGCGACCUCCAGCAACCUCCACAAGCAGCCCUGAACCCGGCUGUGGUCCGUCUGCAGCUGAUAUCAUUGUUAUUGUAGAUGAGUCAGACAGUAUGGCGUUUGUGCAAAAAUCAUGGUUUCGUGAAACCAUAAGAUACCUUGAAGAUUCUUUACGAAAACAUGGAAUUGGAGUCUACCCCGGUAUCCCCAACCAGUAUAGCUUGGUUGGCUUUGGCCGGUCCCAUUUCCCCAAUGACACACAUCCUGUUGCCAGACAACGGGUAAUCCUGGAUUCUAGUGGAAACCGAGUGUAUGGAGUGGAUGGAUUUGAAGAAGCCUGCGCUGCAUUGCAGGCGUCUGGGUCACGAGAGGAUGGCUACAACUCCAUUAGGUUUGCCCUGGAGGAUAUUCCGGAGCUGCGUUUGCGCCAAACUAGCGUUGCCCCAAUCGUCAUUCUGGUCACUGAUGAGGAUAGGGAUCGUCACAGAGAUGCUGCUUCUCUGACACGGAGCGGCUUAAAGCGAUUGAUCCGGAAAAGUGGAGCACAGUUGGAGUGUAUUGUGGACAACUCUUUCCUGAUGAAUGGGCGUGAAGGGUAUGGCAUGGAUGCUGGUGGUGUGGUUUACAGAAGCAGUCGUUUUGUGGGCCAAUUUGAGAAGGUACUCGUGACAGGGAAUCCUCGCCGUGUGACUGGCUAUCACCGUAGAAACGUCCGCCGGGACUACACUCAUGUGGCACUGGAGCUUGGUGGUGCUGCAUGGGACCUGAAGAAGCUACUGCAGGAUGAUGUCCCAGAUAAUGGAUCCGUUCAGGCGUUUGUGAACCGGACAGUGGAGAUGGUGGAGCACCGUGUACACAAGUGCUGCACUUGCCGGUGUACAGCAGUACAUAUACCUGAUGUGCGCCGUGAGGAAGGUGACCGCAGUGAGGCAGAGCUCGGCAGUGCAUCGUCAGAUGUGCCCAGUGAGGCAGAGCGCAGCAGUACACCAUCAUAUCUGAGCUGCCAGGCUGCUGCAACACCUGCAGACUGCAUUCAGGGACGCAUGCCCAAUGUCUUUCGCACACGGACCUGAAGUUCUUGGGUUGCAGCAAUUCUCAAGUUUAGCUCUCUCUAUCUAUCUCUAUCUAUCUAUCUAUCCGCUACUUCUCUAUCUAUCUAUCUCUACCUAUCUAUCUAUCUCUCUCUAUCUAUCUAUCUAUCUCUAUCUAUCUAUCUCUAUCUAUCUAUCUCUAUCUAUCUCUAUCUCUCUCUCUCUCUCUCUCUCUCUCUCUCUCUCUCUCUCUCCCUCUCUCUCUAUUUCUCUCUCUCCUUCUCACGCACGCACGCAAAUACACACACACACACACACACACACACACACACACACACACACACACACACACACACACGUACACACACACCUGGUUCCUGUAUUCCCGGCUUCAGAAUCAUGCGGCUGCAGUUUGCUACAUACGCAGCGCGCAUAUCCUGCAUACAUGUUACCAGCUCUGUAGGCUACACCACAACUCUAUAACCUUGGUGAUUCGAUUCCUGAGGAAACUGCUCUGUCAAUAUUUCACCAGCGAUAAUUUGAAAGUUACUACAUGCAUCUACAUGUAGUGCAUCUAAUGUAGCAGUCAGUGUUGCUGCUGCUGCUCUGCCACCACUGCUGCUGUCAGCAUUGUUUUUGCUGCUGUUGCUAUUGCAGUGGUCAGUCCGGCACAGUUGCUGCUGCUGGUUAAAUUUCUCGCCAUGGCCUGUACGUGACCUCAAAGAGAGUUGAGCUGUCCCAUUGCUGCUGCGGCUACUGCUGCUGUUGUUGUUGUGACGUUGUUAUAGCAGAGGCAUAGGCAUCAUGUACUUGCCUCAUUGCCUGCCUCAUACUCUUCGUGUGACCCCUCACAGUGGUGGGAUCAUGCUCCGCUAUGCUCUGUCUAUUUGCUUCAAGACAUGCACCACCCAUUUUUGAGCAUUCCCAAUGAACCAUCCCGUUUUACCAGAAGCAUGCCACUUCAGAGAAAUAAUAAAUAAAGAGCUGCAUAAUCUG